AUGGUGAACGCGCUGACGGGCGGGUCGGCGCAAGGCGCUCUCCGCGGUAGCAAACUGCUGCGCAGCGAAGGGCGCGGAUUCGCCGCCAUGGCCCGCGCGGUGGUCGCCGCCGGCAGUGCUGCUGCGGCACUGAUGCUGAUUGCACCGAGAGUGGCGCAGGUAGCUUGGAGUGCGUACGGUUGGAAUGAACCGCUACUCUACGAUCCUUUUGUGCACAUGAGUUUGGGAGCGCCGUGUGUGCCCUUCAUGUCCCUCGUCGCCAUAAUCCUUGGCUCUGAUGCGCGUGGCGUGCGUCCCUCACCCCGUGCCUUGCGUUCCCCCGGAGGGGACGGGCCGGUGGAGGCGCCGGGGCCGAUUGAAAUGCUGGCGCGCGGGCUGGCGUGCAUCCAGGCCAACCUGGGCCCGUGGUCCGUGUCCGACCUCACCCUCGGCCUCGCCGUCAUGGCCAAGGUGACGGCAAAGCGCCCGCCUCCCCCGCCGCGGGGGCGAGUGGUGGCGCCUGCAGUGCUGGGCGUGGCGUACCUGGCGGAGUUGCAGCGCCUGAGGGCGCACGCGGAGGCCGUGUACUCGGGGGACAGCGCCACCUGGUCGCUGCAGAAGCAGCCCUCUUCUCGGCUCCCCUCUUCUCUCUCUGGUGGACCGUCGGGCCAUCGUGUUCUCCCCCAUGGUCUCUCUCAAAUCCCCGUCUCUCCCGUCCCCGUGUGCGUGCAGACGUGUCUGCCGGAGUCGGCCAUAGUGCAUGCGCAGUGGCAGCCGCACAACCAGCGUGUGCGCCCGGCGUUUGUGGUGUGCGUGGACCCUCAGCUGGGGGCUGUGGUGGUGGCUGUGAGGGGCACCUCCGACACUGCUGACAUGCUUGUCAAUGCCGGCACCUUUCCCCACGAUUUCCUGGGUGGCAAAGUGCACAGUGGCUUUCUGCAUGCCUCUACACAUUUGCUCUAUGAGGCUCGGGACCACAUCGAGCACGCGCUGCGCACGUGGCAUGGCAUGCCGGUGCGGCGCCUUGUGUUCGUGGGGCACAGCCUGGGCGCGGCUGUGGCCAUCUUGGCGGGCAUGAUGCUGCGCCAUGAGAACAACCGCCUGCACCCCCACUCUCAUGCACGGGGCACCACAGGUCAUGGGCACGCAUCAACACACAACUUGCAUGCUGUGACAGGUAACAACCACUCUCAUGCUGCUGCUGUCAAGCCGGCUGGCAGGCGUGGUGGCAGGGGGCGGAGGCCAGAGGGGCGGCAGCAGGAGAUGGGAUGGGCGGAUGGGGAGUCAGAGGAGCUGCAGGAGGCAGCGGCUGAAGCAGUGGUGGGGGCAGGGAGGGGGUUGGAUGGUGUGGAGGUGCAGUGUGUGGGGUACGGUCCGCCUGCAUGCAUGACUUUGGACUUGGCCCAGCAGUGCACGUCCUUUGUCACCUGUGUGCUGGUGCACCACGACUUAGUGCCUCGUGUGGAGCUGCUGCGGCAGGCCAUCAGCACGUUUGACUGGGACCGUGCGGAGGCAGUGGUGGGAUGGCAUGACGAGGACUGGCAGCGCCUCAAGGCGGCCAAGGACCUGCUCUCGCGCCUCAAGGACCUGCACAGCACGGCUGUGGGGGCAGCCGCAGCAGUGCAGGAAAGUGCAGUGUCAGCGGCAGCGGCUGUGCAGCAGUCGGCAGCAGGCGUAGCGGCCUCCGUGCAGCAGUCACCGCUGCUGGGGGCUGCAGUGGGGGCGGCUGGAGCAGUGCAGAGCCAGGCAAUGGGUGCUGCAGCAGCGGUGCAGGGAGCUGCGGUGGCAGUGACGGGGGCGGCAGCUGGGCUGGGGGGCAAGGCACAGGAGCUCCAGCACGUGGUGGCCGAGAAGGUCCCUGAGCUCGUGGCUGAUGCCCUUCCCCAUGGGGUGGUGCAGCUCGUAGGGGGGGCCAGGGCGAAGCAGCAGGAGAAUGCUGGAAAGGGCCAAAAGGGGGAGGCGAAUGAUGGGCAAUUAAGGGGUGGGGAAGGUUGGGAUGCUGUGGUUGAGGAGGAUGGGGCAGGGAGUGCUGAAGGAGUUGACAUGAAAACACAGGGGAAAAAGAAAGGGAAAGAGGCAGAGGAGGAAUGGCAGGCAGAUAAAGAGCGAGUGAAAACACAACACGUGGAGGGUGGGGAGGAUGGCACUGGCUCUAGUAGCGACAGUGGUGAGGGCAGUAACAUGAACGAGACUGGGGAAGCUGGAAUGGAGGCUGUGGUGCAGAACAAGUGUGAGACGCAAGGUGAGAGAGGUGAGUGCAACGACGAGGGAAAGGCCGUGGGGGAAGGUAAGAUGGCAGAAGCAACGGACAGCAACAAGAAUGGGGGUUUUGAGGGGAGGGAGGGUAAAUAUGAGGGGGCUGAGGAGCCAGAGAGUGCUCAUGAGAAGCAGCAGCAAGAGGAUUUUGCGCCACCCCUUUAUCCCCCUGGCCGUCUGCUAAUGCUGUGCUGCGACCCCCCUGGUUGUGGUCAUCGCCCCACCACUCGCAAGGAAGUGCAUCCGCAGAGGCAGUUUGGUGUUUUCCCAUCACACGAGGAGGUGGCGGGAGGCCACAUGCGGUGGCAGGUGGUGGAGGUGCAGCAGGAGGCAGUGCGCGAGAUAGUGGUGUCGCCGUGGUGCAUCAGCGACCACAUGCCAGGCACCAUGGGCGAGGGGCUCAACUGGAUCAUGGCCCAUGUGGGGGACGGCCAGGGGGGCACGGUGGACGACGGGAGGGAUAAUGGAGAACCAGGGGCAAAGGAGCGGGAAGAGUAG